AUGGUGAAUUUCACAACUGCCUCCACAUUUAUUCUACUUGGAUUUGCAGGGGGCCCAGGGAUCCAGACCACGCUGCUUCUGAUCUUUCUGAUCUUAUAUGCUUUAGCUGUGGUUGGGAACUUUGGCAUGAUUUUAAUUAUCUGGGCUGACUCUCACCUCCACACACCAAUGUAUGCCUUCCUUCAAAGUCUUUCAUUUUUGGAUAUCUGCUAUUCUUCCACGAUUGCACCGAGGGCUCUAGUGAACUUCCUGCAAGAAGACCACACUGUCUCCUUUGGUGGGUGUGCUGCUCAGUUUUUCUUCCUCUCUCUUUUUGGUACCACAGAAGCCUUCCUCCUGGCUGCGAUGGCUUAUGAUCGCUUUAUGGCGAUCUGCAGGCCUCUGCUGUACUCUGCGAGUAUGUCUCAUGAGGUCUGCAUAUGCUUAGUGGGAGGCUCCUACUUGUGGGGUGUAGUGAAUGCUGUCACUCAAACAACAAUGACAUUCAGACUGCCUUUCUGUGGGUCCCAUGAGAUCAAUGACUUUUUCUGUGAUGUACCCCCACUCUUGGCCCUUUCAUGCUCAGAAACAUUUAUAAACCAAUUGGUACUUCUUGGCUUAUGUGGCUCCAUUAUUGUCAGUACAUUCUCAGUUGUCUUUGUCUCCUACCUCUACAUCUUAGCGGCCAUCCUGAGGAUCCGAACUGUACAAGGACGUCACAAAGCUUUCUCCACUUGUGCGUCACACCUGGCGGGGGUGUGCUUGUUCUUUGGCACUGUAUUCUUCAUGUAUGCACAACCUAGUGCAAUGUCUUCCAUGGAGCAGAGUAAAGUAGUGUCCAUCUUUUACACGAUUGUCAUCCCAAUGUUGAAUCCCCUGAUUUACAGCCUGAGGAACAAAGAUGUCAAGCAAGCUCUGAGGAGAAGCAGACAGAAGUUCUCUUUGUAA